GUUUCUGUGCCCAUAAACCUGAGAGAAAGAUGGCAGUGCAAAAUAGCACUGGCAUUUCCUCUUGCUUUCCUUUGGCAGCUUUCCUCACCCUAAUAUUAGCCUUUGCUCUUGAUGCAAGUACUUGUCAUGCAGCGAGACCUAAUACCCAUGGUACAAUAGGCUUAGAAUUUAUCCGGACUUCUUGUAAUAAGACCAAGUACCCAAGCCUCUGCUUCAACUCACUGGCAGCUUAUGCACCCACAAUUCAGACAAGCCCCACUCAGCUGGCUGAGGCCUCCCUCUCUGUAAGCCUAAGCUAUGCCCGUGGCACGUCGACCAUGAUGACCAGGCUGUCGAAAGACAAAGGCAUGAGCUCUAGAGAAGCAGAGGCCAUAAGCGAUUGCAUGGAGAGCUUGGGAGACUCUGUGGACGAGCUCAAACAGUCCCUUAAAGUCAUGGGGCAUCUCAGCGGCGAAAAUCUCAAACUUCGAGUCAAUGACAUCCAGACAUGGGUGAGCUCCGCCUUGACAGAUGAGAACACUUGCUUGGAUGGCUUUGCAAGCAAUGGCAUGAAGACCGGUGAACGAAGUAACGUUAGAGGCCGCAUUGUCAGGGUAGCACAGCUGACCAGCAACGCCUUAUCAAUCAUCAGUGGCCUUGCUCCUACUGAGUCCUACUCACCUUAACUCAUCUCGUUAGCCUCUUACUAGCUAUGUGUCAUGGAAGUUGCUUGCUAUGAGUGUGAGCGUUUGGUAGAUGACAGAGAUGGCUGUGUAUGUAUUAUAUAAGCAGAGUACAUAAAACGCUAUUAGAAAAAGAGUCUCCUAGCAUUGUUACAACUAGAUAAUUCUGUAUGCAGGUUGAUACAAUCUUAGUGCUUCAAUUCUGUGCUCUAUGUGGCAAAUAACUGUCUGUAACGAGAUAAUUUCAAACAAAAA